GUCUGGUAUCUAAGGAGCACAAAUACUCAUCUAGCUAUACGUAUGCUAACGUGUGGAGAAUCUUCAUACAUCUGCGCAGAUGGUGACGUAGAUGUAAUCGACAUUGGCACGCAACUAUCCUUGCGCCGUAAACUAUACUGAAAUCUCGCGGUGCUUGCUUGACGUUGCCUGGCGACGGUACUGUUUCUCUGAUGUCUGCUUCGAAGUUGUGAUAUCCCGACUACUAAAACCACAAGGACCCUAAUUUUCUGUUGUCGCCCCUGCAAAAAAUGCCUCCCAAGAAAAAGAAGGGGAAAAAGUCGGCCAAAGGCAAGAAAACGCCCACGGUUGUCGAUGGAGUUUCUACAGAAGAAAUGUCAAAAGAGCAGUUGGAGGAGCACAUUGUUCGCCUGCGAGAAGAACUUGACAGAGAAAGGGAGGAACGAAAUUAUUUUCAGUUGGAGAGGGAUAAAAUUCAUACAUUCUGGGAAAUCACCAAGAGACAACUGGAAGAGAAAAAGGCUGAGUUAAGAAAUAAAGACAGAGAAAUGGAAGAUUCGGAAGAGAGACAUCAAGUAGAAAUAAAGGUUUACAAGCAAAAAGUGAAGCACUUGAUGUAUGAACACCAAAAUAACAUUUCAGAACUAAAGGCAGAAGGGGUUGUGGCUAUGACGAUUGCUCAAAAGGAACAUAGUUCUGAGGAAAAUGAACUACGAAAAGGAAUACAUGCAUUAAAAAUUGAUAUUAAAGAACAAGAACUUGGCAAUGAAAAUCUUGUGAAAAACCUGAAGCUGAAAAAUGAUGAAGAAAUUACUAAACUGCAGAGUGAUUUUGAAAGACACGUUAAAGAGAUUGAAGUCAAAUAUGAAAAGAAGAUGCGCGUGUUACGUGAUGAGUUGGAUUUAAGACGAAAAAAUGAAAUCCAUGAAAUUGAAGAAAGAAAAAAUAGUCAAAUAAAUACUUUAAUGAAGAAUCAUGAAAAGGCUUUCAGUGAUAUCAAAAACUACUACAAUGACAUCACUUUGAACAACCUUGCUCUUAUUAACUCCUUAAAGGAACAAGUAGAAGAGUUGAAGAAGAAAGAUGAGAGAUUACAAAAAGAAAUGACAGAGGCGCAGCUCCAAAACAAGAAGCUCACAGAGCGUCUUCAGAAAGCACGGGAGGAAGUGGCAGAAUUACAAAAACAGCUUGCCAAUUAUAAGAAGGACAAGGCCUCUUUAGCAAAUACUAAGGCAAGACUAAAGGUAGCCAAUAAAGAAAUGUCUGAUUUGAAAUGGGAGCAUGAAGUAUUGGAGCAAAGAUUCAGCAAGGUGCAGUCUGAACGAGAUGAAUUGUAUCAAAAGUUUGUUAAAGCCAUUCAGGAGGUACAGCAAAAAAGUGGUUUUAAAAAUCUUCUUUUGGAGCGUAAGCUGCUUGCUCUGACUGAAACUCUGGAGAAAAAGGAAGCACAGUUGAAUGAAGUACUUUCUGCCUCAAAUCUUGACCCUGCUGCCUUGACUGUUGUAACACGAAAACUUGAGGAUGUCCUUGAUUCUAAGAAUACCGCAAUCAAAGACUUACAGUAUGAGUUAGCUCGUGUUUGUAAGGCUCAUAAUGAUUUGCUGAGAACAUACGAAGCUAAACUUAAUGCUUUUGGAAUUCCAGUGGAUGAGCUUGGAUUUAAACCAUUAGAAAGUACAGUAUCCGGACAGACUCUUGGUCAAGGACCUGCUGGUUUGGUUUCAGCACCAACUUGAGUACCAACACCAACAUUUCAAGGAAAUGUUAGAAAAAGAUGCAUUUUAAUUCAGGGAUACUAUAAAUAAUUUUCUUUUUACAAUUACACAAUUAUACUGUAACAUAUUUGCAAUAUUUAAAUUUUUACCUUUUGACCUUUAAGCAUUAUGUAAAAAGAAUAUAUUCUGUUGUAAACAAGAUUUUAACAUUUUUACAAGUGUCCUUAAAUAAUUACUAUAUGUAUGUGAUAAAAGUGAAUAUUUGCAUUUUUAUUGCAGAAUAAUUGUCUUGGCAGUUUUCCUCAGAAAAUAAUUUACAUGAUCUCUUGAAUAUUGAAAAUGCAGGAAAUUGAUGAGCUGCAAGACUUUUAAACACAUUUAAAGCUUAAUUAAGAAAAU